AUGGCCAACGGAGACUCAACCAAGAACCACAACAUCCCAGAGGGCCAAGACUCCCAAAAGGAGCGUCUCUUUGACCCAACCGCCACUCCCCUUCGUUUCGCCACUCACAAAGCCAACAUGGCUACCCCCAACCAGAACCAAGACCGGCGUAACGUCGAGCAGUGGCAGCUCGACAAUACAAAUGCCCAACAUGAAGAGAUGAUCUCUUAUAUCCACCACCAACAGGACGAGAUUGAUGAGCUCAAAUGUCGCAUCGCUCGCAUCGACGCAGUACAGGAUACUGUCGAGGGCCCAGCUGCCACGGAACAAGAGGCAGUCCAUAGCAGAAGCUCGCCUCAUAAGAGCAUAAGCUUCUUGUGGCUCAUAUUUGAUCUUUCUAUUCUCUUGUUGCUUGUCGUUGGGAUUUGCUAUCUGGUAAAGAACCCUCUAUUCGAUGAUUGGAACUAUUUGGGAUACUUUUUGGACCUCCUCGACAUCGACUACCCGCACUUCUUCUAA